AUGACGGCGGAGCCUCGACAGGCCCAAUCCGCUGUACGAACUUCAAGUAUAACUUUGUCAACUAACAGUAACCUCAGAUCAAGUCAUAAUGGAAAAUCUGCGUGCCAAACUCAAUAUCAUCAUUUUCAUUCAUUUGCUCCGGCAGGGACUUCGAGUUCUACUCCAACAAUAAGAUUUCCUCCUGGUUUUGAACCCCAGGGAGCAGUUUGUGGUCGUUUUCCAGGGUCUACUGUUUCAAAUGAAGGAUUGCAGCAGCAUGUUGUUGAUUUUCAUGUUUAUCCUGGAGUGACAAUCAGUCUUCAAAUGGGAGAAAACGUUCAAGUAUUUAAAGCGUAUUUUAGUGAAGCGCAAAAAAUGUCAAAAAACUUGAGGAUUUUGAGGGAAGCAUAUGAUUCCAGGGGGAAGGAAUUGCAAAUACCAAAAUUUUUGACAACUUUUGAGUUUUGCUUAGGUUGUUAA